UCCCCCGCCGCCGCCGUUGGCUCCAGGAGGCGGUGUCGUGGUGGUGGUGGUCGCGAGCGGUGUAGUCGCGAGGCAGCACCGGAGGAGCAGCGGGCUCGCGGGGAGACGAAGAAGAAGGAUACGAAGAAGAAGAGGAGGAAGAGGAGGACGAGAGGAGAGAGAGAGAGAAACGGGAGAGAGAAAGACCGCGAGCGGAUUCGUUAUCUAUUUAAUUAUUUAUUGCUGUUAUUGAUUGCCCGCGCGAGCGACCGCGCGUGCGGACCUCUCAUCUGCGAUGCGGUGUUGCCGGGUCCGCGGCGGACUGGACCGGGACCGCCGGCGCUAGACGAGGUCAGAUCGCAGGAGGCCGCUGGAGAGACGCCGUCACGUGACCCCCCCCCCCCUCCCCACCCCCCCCUCGUGACAAAUGGUCUUCCGGCAGCAGCUCUCAGCACGCGACCACGCCGCCACCACCUCCACCACCUCCACCUCUCUCAGCGAUGCAGAAGACAACCUACUACGACAACUCCUCUGCGCUCUUCGGUGGCUACUCCUCCUACCAGGGGGCGGCGGCGGCGGCGGGCGCCAACGGCUUCGGGGGCUACGAUGCGCCGGUCCCGGUGUCCCACCACCAGCCGGCCUUCCAGCCGGCGGCCCACCUGGACGUGGACUCGUACCAGCGCUCGGCGUGCUCGCUGCAGUCGCUGGGGACUAGUGGCGGCGGCGGCGGCGGACACCACCAGCAGCUCGCCAAGAACAAGGAGCUGAACGGCAGCUGCAUGCGGCCCGGCCUGCCCCCCGAGCACUGCCCGGUGUCCCCUCCGCUGCCCCCCGGCAACAGCGGCGCCCAGCAGCCGGGGGGCGGGGCCUCGUCCUCCUCCGUCUCCGCCUCCAAAGCCGGCCCCAACAAGUCGUCCUCCGCGUCGUCCUCCGCCUCGUCCUCCGUGUCGUCGUCGUCCUCCUCGCUGCCGCCCAACCCCGCCGUGGCCAAGCACAUCUUCCCGUGGAUGAAGGAGUGUCGACAGGCCAUCAAGCAGAAGAACGGCUCGCCCAGCAACACCUCCGGCAACGCGUCGGGCGGCGGCGAGAGCGGCAGCGGCGGCGAGAAGAGUCCGACCGGCGGCUCGUCGGCGUCGUCUAAGCGCGCCCGCACGGCGUACACCAGCGCCCAGCUGGUGGAGCUGGAGAAGGAGUUCCACUUCAACCGCUACCUGUGCCGGCCGCGCCGCGUGGAGAUGGCCAACCUGCUCAACCUGUCGGAGCGCCAGAUCAAGAUCUGGUUCCAGAACCGCCGCAUGAAGUACAAGAAGGACCAGAAGGCCAAGGGCCUGAGCUCCAGCUCCGGGGGCCCGUCGCCCGCCGGCUCGCCGGCCCUCGGCAUGCAGUCGUCCGCCGGCUUCCUCAGCUCCAUGCACCCCCUGGGAGGGGCGGGCUACGACGUGCCGUCGCCGCCGUCCUUCGGCAAGCCCCACCAGUCCUACUCCAUGGCCGCCGCCUACAGCGGCGCGCCCAUGAAGGCCUGCCCGGCCCAGCAGAAGUACGGCGGCCCCGACCCGGACUACGGCGACCCGCACCCCCACCACGGCCUGGUGCAGGGCAACAACGCCGGCUACGGGGCCCCCGGCAACAUGCAGGCCAGUCCGGUCUACGGGGGCGGCGGCGGCGGCGGCGGCGGCAGCUACGCGGAGCCCAUGACCGGAUCGGGGCCGUCCAUUUACGGGCUGAACCACCUGGGCCCCACGCCGCCCCACCACCAGGACAUGGACUACAGCGGGGCGGGGCCGAUGGCGGGCGCCAACCAGCACCACGUGGUGGGCGGGGGGGCCCCCCCGGGGCCCUGCGACCCCCCCACGCACCCCACGUACACCGAGCUGUCGGCACACCACAACUCCACUCAGGGCAGAAUCCAGGAGGCACCCAAGCUCACGCACCUGUAGCAGGUCAGGAACAACAACAACAAUGACAACAACAACAACAACGACGACGACGACGACGUAGUGAAGACGACACACAGACUCACUAACAGACCCACUGACACUCGGCAGGAGACAGACGGGGGGCGGAGCCACGGAGGGGCGUUGUCCCGCCUCCGCCCCCCCCCCCCCCCGGGCGACACACUGUCCCUUUAACGCGCAGCUAGCUAACGAACACGACGCGCUCGCGCCGCUAGAGGAGCGAGAACACGAGUCCGGGAAACACUUCCGAGUAUUUUUUUUAAAGCCGGGACCAAACUUACGUCUUCGAACGGGGGAAAUUAUUUUCUCUCACACACACACACACACACAGGAGCCUUUUUUUUAGAGCGGUUUACACACUCGUGGGGCGUCCCGGGAGCAUGUUGUAGGGAGGAGAGGAAGAAGAAGUGUACAGUCAAUUGUCCCCCCCCCCCCCCCCUCCGGGGGACCAUAACUGUCAGCGGUGGGAGACAUCGGGCGGCUGUCGAGGCCCACCGGGGGUCCGGGGGCGUUUAGUGGAUUAUCCACCGCAGUCAAUCAGGAAAACACAACGUGGACGAUUUCAUUUCAGUUCUCGAGAAACAGAAAGAAAAUCUGAAAUCUCGUGUUUAAAGUGACACGGCAAAAAAAUACUAAAAAAUAACUCAUUGCAGAAGCUGCAGCUCAGCGAUCAGCGUUGAGGGUGGAGCCAGAGUGUUGAGAUUAUUACAAUCUUAAAAAAGAAUAUUUAAAAAAGACAGACACCAAAAAAAAUGUAAAAAGCACUGCACGGUCUCCUCCCACCGGACCGGACUGACCCGCUGUCUCCCGUCUGUGGCAGCAGCACACGGCUUCUGAAGGAGCCCCCCCCCCCCUCACGUACACACACACACACACACACACAUCCCCCUUCAAUCUAAACAGGGUUUUGAGAAGCUACGAGCUCAGAGCUCCAAUGCUAAGCUAAGCUAGCUUCCUGUUAGCGUGGACGCAGCAACGCGGGAGAGAGACGUUCAAUGUUCUUGUUUUUUAGCACAUCAUCGACACAGGGUAAAUAAUAAGAGUGGAGAACACUAUUUAUUUAUGUUUGGGUGAGUUAUCGCCCCCCCCCCCCUCCCUCUCUCUCUCGCUCCCUCUCUCCAUCACUUUGGCGAACACCAAUGGAGAAGUUGUCCUCCCUUUUUUUUAUAUUGUUUUGUUUUGUUCUCACACAUCGUGACUUUUAACGUGGAUACAGGGUAUAUAUUUGAACAAAGAUGCAUGUCCCGGAGAUGUGAGCGGAUGUGUGUCGCGCUUCUUUUAAAAAUAAAGAAAGAAGACAAAAACAAUCUGGGUUUAUUUGAUGGAACGGUCAAAUAAACCUCCGGGUUCUCUUCUUUCUUUUCUUUAUGAACAAAGUGCAGAUCUCCACACAGAGCGGUCGCAUCCGGGCGUCAUUGUUGCACAGUUUACAUUUUGAUGGUUAAAAGGUUAAAAAAUAAUUGAUAAUAAUGAUAAUAAUGAGAUCUUAUUUUGAAGACAGAAGGCCCUCCAAUCAAAGCGUCUUUCGCCAAUGUGUGUUCAAGUGAACAUUCAUAUAUACAUAUUUAUUUGUUAUAGCCAGUUUAAAAAAGGAAAAAAAAGACUUUCCGUUUUGUAUUAUUAUUAUUUAUCCUUCAUGUAUUUAUACCGAGAAAAAAUACUGUACUUUUUUAGUAUUUACCUGUUAUGAAAGAAAAAAAAAACCUUGUGUUUCUUCUUGUCCAUUGUACUGACAUUUUUUUUGUUUUGUUCUUGUACUUUAGGAGACGCGUAGUUUUUAUGUUCCUAUAAUGACCUGUGUACAUACAUGUCUGGGCUUAAAGGCAAGUCUGAAACAUUUAGAUAAACUACUAGCUGGGAAAAAAAGAACGAGUCUUUUCUUUUUUGGAGACGAAAAACAACUUGUUUCUUUAUCCUUUGUAGCUCCUCCUUUCUUUCAUUGUUGAGAGAGUUGUCUGUCGAGCAAUUCUUUAAUAAAAUGUUAUGUUAUUCAGAGAUA